AUGUGCCUGUAUGCACUCCCAGCAACAUCUGGGCUUCUGAUGAGUGCCUUCGUUGUUCAGGAACUGCCUACACACUCUGGCCGCAUGAGGCCGGGCAUUAUCCUGGACCUGGAGGAACCCAGGACCCACUGCACCAGCAUAAGGUCUGACAAUGGCUCUAAGGAUUUUAUCUUGGUACCCAACAGCAUUCAGGAAGAAGGAAACGUCUGCUCACAGUGUGGGAAGAGCUUCAGGUUCAAGAAUGAUCUCAAAAAACACCAGCGCAUUCACACUGGAGAGAAACCGUAUCAGUGCUCACAGUGUGGGAAGUGCUUCAGGUUCCAGAGUGAUCUCAGAAUACACCAGCGCAUUCACACUGGAGAGAAACCGUAUCAGUGCUCACAGUGUGGGAAGAGCUUUAGGUUCCAGAGUGAUCUCAGAAUACACCAGCGCAUUCACACUGGAGAGAAACCGUAUCAGUGCUCACAGUGUGGGAAGAGUUUUAAUCGGCAGAGUGGUCUCAAAAAUCACCAGCGUAUUCACACUGGAGAGAAACCGUAUCAGUGCUCACAGUGUGGAAAGAGUUUUAAUUAUCAGAGUAAUCUCAAAACCCACCAGCGCAUUCACACUGGAGAGAAACUGUAUAAGUGCUCACAGUGUGGGAGGAGUUUUAACAGUCAGAGUCAUUUUAAAGUACACCAGCGCAUUCACACCGGAGAGAAGCCGUAUCAGUGCUCACAGUGUGGGAAGAGUUUCAGUACUCAAGGUUAUCUCAAAAUACACCAGCGCAUUCACACUGGAGAGAAACCGUAUCAGUGCUCACAGUGUGGAAAGAGUUUUAAUUAUCAGAGUAAUCUCAAAACCCACCAGCGCAUUCACACUGGAGAGAAACUGUACAAGUGCUCACAGUGUGGAAAGAUUUUUAAUAAACAGAUUCAUUUCAAAAAUCACCAGCGCAUUCACACUGGAGAGAAAUUGAGAGGGGCGCAGCUUGUGUCUGAAUAGGCAUACUUUUGGGAAGUAAGAGGAAAAGGAGGAGAAUGAAGAGGAGAUGACGAAGGUCUAAAGAACGAAGUUUGAGGAAGUGUGAUAGAGACAAAAGGAUGCUGGUGGUUAUAGAAGAUACAGGAUGAGGGGAUCAACCAGAAGGGGUCAUUUCAAUUACCAAAAAGGUGUGAGGAGACCGGUUAAGGGGAGCAACUGUCAUCUGGUUUCUCUCAGUGUGUCGUCAUAUGAACUGAUGCUGCUCCUUUUCUUUUCUUUCAUUAAUUUUUGCAUUAAAUAUACAAUAGUAAUGUCGCAGGUUUAUAGUGAUUUCAUAUGAUUGUAGUGGUAAUAAAUUAAUGUGAUAUUUUUUAUUUCCAAUAAAGAAUUAUUUGAUGUCUUUCAAA